AUGGAAAAGAAAAGCGAAAUGUGCUUAGAUAAAUAUAAGGAGUUAGUAAAACUUGAAAAGACAAAUAAUGAAGAAUUUAAGAAUGAUGAAAAAUGUUUAUUUAUAAGAAAAGAAAUAUUUGAUCAUGCAAUUAUUUAUACAAGUAAUAAAAUUGAUGAAAAUUGUUUGAUGAAUUAUUUAAAAAAUUUAUAUGCAUAUUUUAAAAAAAAACACGAAAAUAAUAAUUAUGAAAGAAAUAAAAAAGAUGAAAUUUAUAUAAGUCUUGAAGAUUGGUUAGAAUAUAAUGAAUUAAUAAAAAAUCAAGAUAAUGUUGUAUAUUUGCUUUUUAGUUGUAAUAUUUGUAAAUCUUUAUGGAUAUUAUUAAGUAUAACUUUACAAAGUAUAAGAAAAAAAAAUAAUUUAAAAAAACAAAAAACAAUUUUUAAUUGUACAUAUGAAACAUUAAAUAUACGAGAAUUAAGUGGGGGGAAAAGUAAGACGGAAAUAAAUGUAGAAAAUUCCAAGUGUUUUCAUGAAAAUAUUCAUAGAAAAUUAGAUAAAAAAAAUAAUGAAAAAUACAAAAAUAAUAAUAAAGAAAAUGACAAAAGGGAACAAAUAAAUAGAGAAACAGAUACAGGAAAAUAUUCUGAAACAUUUGAAAAAGAAAUUCUAAAAGUAUGGAAUGAAAAUUGGUUAAAUGAAUCUAUAUGUAUAGAAUUUGUGAUAUUUUUUAUAAUUUUACAAUUUCUUAAGAUAGAUAAUAUAAAAAAAAAAUAUGAUAAAAAUUUAAAUGAAGAUUGUUGGCCUCAUUUUAUUGGAAACUCAAGAGAUAGCAAUAAUGGAAAACAUCAUAAUAAUAAUGGAUCACAAAAUAUUUGUGGAUUGUCCACAUCAGGAAAUAAUAAUUCAUUUUGUAAUUUGAAAACAAUAAUUUAUAAAUCAAAUUUGUCUGAUUUAUUUAUUAGUAGCGGAAAAAAUUAUAGGAAACUUUUAGAAACUUAUUUGAUUGCAUUUUUAUCAUGCACAGAUAUUCAAAAUAGUACAUCAUUAACUGAAAUUCCUUUAUAUUUUCGAAAUUAUAAUUUUUUUUUAUUAGACUUUAUUAUAGAAACAAAUGAUGAACAAAAUGUGUAUGAAAAAUAUAUGCUAAAGAAUGAACAUAAAAUUUUAUAUAAGACAAAAAUAAUAUUAAAUUGGUUAUUAAAAAAUUUACAUAUAUAUGAUGAAUUAAAUGAAAGUAUAGAUAGUAGUAUUAGUAGUAAUGAUAUACCAAAAGAAAAUGUUGUAGAAAAUAUUUCAAAUAAUUUGAAUAAAUCUUAUAGUUAUUUUUCUGGAUUAUCAAUAAAAGGAAAUAACAAUUUUAAACAUAGUAAUUCACCAAAUAGUAUAUUUGAAAUGCCAAACAAUGAUAUAUAUGAAAUUAAAAAUAUGCAAGGUAAAACAAUAUAUAUAAAAAAUAAUAAAAGUAUAAUAAAUAUAUUAAAUUGUAAAGAAUGUAAUAUAUAUAUAUUAACAACAGUAGAAUAUUUAAAAAUUAAUUUUUGUGUGGACAUGUAUAUUAUUUGCUUAUCAGCUGAAAUGAUAACUACAUUGUUUAAUUCUCGAAAUUUAGAGAUACAUUUAGUUACAAGAAGUUUGAAAAUAGAAAAUGUAAUGGAUACUGAUGUAUAUGUAUAUACAGAAACGAAUAUAAUAAUUUAUGGAGAUACGCGAAAUAUUCAAUUGGCACCUUAUAACGUUUUAAAUAGUAAGCAAAAAAUAUUUUUAGAAAAAUCUAAAAUAUUUUUUAAUGAAAAAACAUUUGAGCUUUUUGCAUUUCCUUUGAAAUGUAAAACCAAUUUAUCUCAUUCAUUAAGCUUAACAAGUCAGUUUACGAAAGGGUUUAACAAUCCUGGGAAUAACACUUGGAAUAAUAAUAUAUCAUUUUCGAAUCAAAUUGAUGAUAAUAAGCAAUUUGAUAUUGAUUAUUAUUUAAGAGAGCGAGGAAUAAAUAGUAGCUUCAAUAACAUGCAUUACAUGCAUCAAGGAAAUAAUAAAAUAGGAUUUCAAGAUGAAAUAAAUCGACUUAAUAGUUCUGAUAAGAAUUUUGUAAAUUCAAAUUUUUCAGAAACAUUUACAGAUUAUGUGUAUUAUAUAUUAUGUCCAUCCAAAUUUUAUAUAAUUGAGGUUCCUAAUUUAGAAUGUGAAACAUUACAAAAUAAUGAAGGUAAUUAUGCUUGUUUAUACCUUCCUGAGGUUUAUAAAAAUGCAAUUGAAAACAAAGAUAAUCUUACUUUGAAUUUGUUGAAUAUUUUAGAUGAUAUUAAUUUAACGAAAUUACAAAAAGAAAAAGUGACAAAAAUUUUGACAUAUAAAUUAUAUGAAUAUAUUCGAAAAUCAAAACGAAUUUCUAAAACUGUGAGUGAUAUACUUGUUAGAGAUUGUGAUAACAGAGGGGAGUGUUUUAGCGAAGAUAAUUAA